GUUACGCUAUGCAGAGGUUUUCACAGUCUUAGAUCUAAAAUCUGAAUCUGAAAACUGUGUUCUUGAGCGCUGGCUAAUCUUGUUUGCGGCCUUCCCGUAUUCAUUCCACGUGCAACACUCGCCACACCAUCUCUUCAGACGAUGGGCGUCUUCUUAGUGGCUGCUACUCUAUACCUACUCGUCGUGGUACCAGAUGUACGAGGCUACGUUUGUUGGACCGAGGGUGGCGUUUUGAAGUGCAAGACUCCAGACGGUUCAGUGCACAUCAGGCCUAUUAAAGACGUCAACAAGUUAGAUUUGGGUGAUAGACUCUUGUCGGCACCGCCUCCUAGUUUUCUGACGACCCCCAUCUUGAGGUUACAAGAACCCACCUCUUCUUUCUUUCUGGAAAACCCUCGUGUAAUCAACGUGAUGAGUACUCCUGAGUCUUCAACUUUAGUAACAAGAGACGUUAAUUUGCCAGUAACCGACAUUGGAUUACGCUUAGCAGGUGCUAGCGUUUCUUCAUUAGUUCCUCGGUCACCAAAUUUGUCGUCCUCUCUCGUUCUGGUCACGACUUUACAUCACACCCUCUCUUUAAGAGACGAAAUUUCGUCCGGGAUAGAAUCCGCUCGCAUAACGACAACGUUAACAGCAGACUCUGUCCUGUCAACGUCAACCUCUGUUCACAGUUUUGAUACAUAUUCGAGACCUGAUGUCAAUUUGGAUGCGUCCACCGCUGGUAUGGGCACCUCCACCUCUGCUGGAGCUACUUCCACCGCUGGUAUGGGCGCUUCCCCCGCUGCUAGGGCUACUUCCACUGCCGCUCAGACGGAUGCGUUUCCAGUGACGCUUCUUUUAAAUCGAAGUAACUUUUAUUCCGACCAAUCAUCGUUCGCUUCAGAGGUCAUUUCGCCCGCAAAGUUGUAUACCGCAACGACGCCUCACUCGAUUGAUUUCGGGAAUGGCCUGCGCAGUUCAGAUGCCUCAACGUGCUGCUGCCGAGAGGUGACUCGACGUGGCGACGUCAGAAGGCUGAUCAGAGACGGCGAUGUCCCCGAGAGAGACGCGUGGUUCAUGCGACCGUCACACGUGACGCGUACAUUUUGUAGCGCAGGCAGCUGCGGGGACGUCGACCUGCGCUCCACCAUGCGCUGCUUCCAGAAAUUCCGCGCGGUUUCGAUUUCGCUUCACCGUCUGAACCAGAACAACCAAACACUAGUGGUGCCGGUGGAGGACGGGUGUGAGUGUGGAGCUGUUCCACAACCUGAAGCCUCCGAUGUUGGCCAAGAAGUGGGUCAGCCGCACCGCGGUGGCCAAGAGGACAACACGUUGGUACUGAAAAACGGUGGCCUAGCUAACAUAGCAAGCAUGAUCAGCGCUAGCCUGGUAUCGCUGGCGUCAGUUUCCAAUCAAUUGCUGUCACUCAUUGGCAUCUCUGAGCCGACCAACGAUGCCAAGGCUCUUGCAGGGACUCUGGGGGAGACAGCCGGCCUUAUCGAACAAGCUGCGGAUCAGUUAUCCGAUCUGAACUCGACCGUCGUAUUUGCCUCUAAGUUACCACACGGUGCGUUACCUUUACAGUCUCCUGCAGGCGUCACAAAAACUGUAACUGUAGUUACUUGCUUUUCUGAGGAUGCCACCACUACUGAGAUUACCGCUAAACCCACUUCAAAGCUGGGUACUAGCGAAGGUAUUGUGUUAGCUACCUUAUCUAGCACUCCGUUUGAAAUCUUACCGGAGGCAACGUCACUCAUAAGUUCCCCCGUUUUGUUGACGUCAAAAUCGAGCCAAAUUUUUACACCUACUCGGGAAGUCUCACAGGGACAAAAACCAUCAAGCGCACUAGUGCUACCACUACCAGAAAGCAGUUUGUCAACGAAGCAUACAGUAACUAGUACAAUCUAUACAUCAGCUCAGUACUCGCCGAUCACCUCGCUUCAGCCCUCGCUUCCUACGGACGUCGUGGGCGCAGGAAAUUUAGUUACCGACAAACCAACACCUGCCAGUUCUUCUCCAACGUCAGCCCUGGCAGUAUUCGAAGCUAGUACCUUGUUCUACGAUCAAACGGCCUUUCCCCAGAAUCAGUUCCUUGAUCAUAUAAUCUAUCACACGCAAGUUACUACGUUGUACGUUAGAAAUGGCACAACGUUCAUACAAAACAUUGGUGGCUCUCCGACCGCAGUACAGGGCGGCAUUGCACACCCGGCCACCGACGUUCAGUUCACAAAUCCAGUAGACAAUAGUGGUCUCUCAUCGUCGACUACUCGUAUACAAGAGUCUAAAGCAACCGCAGUUCUGCCUACGUACACAAGUGAUUUUACGACAGGCGUUUCGUCUUCACGCAUCACCGUGAAAUUACCUACUGCAACGACCAUUUCAUCGAGUGUUAGCUCACAGACAGAGUUAGAUACAAGAACUCCAACGGUCGCUCAUUUCCCGGAAAUUCUUACUAGUGCACCAGUUUUGGAUCCUAGUUCUACCAGCGUUGUUACCGGCGUCCAUAUCACUCCUACGAGCAUUUCCCUGCCUCAGACGCUGACCUCGGCUACUGUAACGUCGAGUAAAACGUCAAGUCCGGUGGUCACUCUAUCGUCAGCCGUAUUGAACUUCCCCACGAUCUCGACCUCGGAUGUCGAAGAAGGUUCAGGUUCAGGUUCUGGUUCAAGUGAGGAAAGAGUAAUUGACAUCGCUAAGUCUUUGAUAGUAUUGAAGGAACGGAUGAAGGAAUGUCUUGUAAACCAAACCGAGGACACGAAAGCAAUUUUCCAGUCUCAGAACGAAGAAUUUUUGUCACAGCCUCUUCUGCAGCAGGCUCGUUUGAUGCCAAUCUGGAGGGACUUCGCAGCUUCCAAUAUUCUGCAAGACUUGGACCGUGAGAAGAUCAAGCAAUGUGCCAGCACUUUGAACUUAACGUUACCAAUGACUGAUAUAUCACAAGAUCUUGCGUCAAACCUGAAAUCGUUACCCCGAGUGUCAGGUUUACUGAUAGCUACAUUAGAACUUAGUCAUUGCCUAAACCUGCAGACCUCCUGUGAAGCUCUCACAGGUCGUCGCCUAAGAAAACGCUUGGCUGCCGCUCAGCUCAUCGGUAUGAAACUGACGGAAUCACGGCGUUCAGAAAGGAACCUCGUCAGCCUCAUUGAUCUCGUAUUUGUCGACUCGAAUAACGCGUCUUUCUUUGACCAAGACGCGCUGCAGACGAACAUUCUUUCGAGAAUAUCCCUCAUCCGGGAAUUCGGUCGUGCUUUGGACUGGUCUAUGGCUGAGCUCUCAGAAGCUCCGAAUGAACUAGCAUUUGACUCGUUGAUGGUCGUCCUCGCGUACAACGCCAAACUCAAGCCUCUGCUAGAGAAUUACCAAGAGUCUUGUUUAAGUCAGACUAAAGGUCAAGUAACUAAGUUCCCAAGCGUUACCAACCCCACGCCGGUCUCUGCCACCGAGCAGGUACAUUCUCCGUCCUCCCCAACCAGGUCUACCGCAAGUCCCGUCACUACCACGCUUCCGACUACCACGAUCGUACGUCCCACGCCAACGACGUCAAGUCCCGCCGCAUCGAAAACGUUCACGGACGUGCCAGAAUUUCACCCAAUAGGAUUAUCUCUGGAAGAAGUGAGACAGCUCGUAUUUGGACCAUCGAAACCUAAAGCCACUUGAAUUCUUUCCUUCCUUAAUCUUCCCAUACUAUAAAAAUCGAUUGAAAUUAAGUAGACAUUUAUUUCACACUUGGGAGGCUAGUGAGUUGACGAGUUAAGUAGAUACUGAAAAUUUCUUGUGAAAUGCAACUCCUGUGAAGUUUGACUUUUGGCUUUGUUCCUUAGUAAAAGUAACAAAUAGGGUGGUAAAAGUUAUCGUUUUUAAUUUAAUUGUUACAACUCAACUAAUAUAGUUUCAUGAAAAGGCUUUUCUGCAGAAUGCAUCAUAAUACAAUCAAUUUACUUUCAUCAGACUCCAAUAUGGAUUAAUAAAAUUUGACAAUUUAGCGCAAAUUGUUGCAAAUUACAUGUAGGAAGUAUGUACCUUGCAAAUUCCAACGUCGCACCGUUCGAGGUAUCUUAAAGUAUCGAAUAGACUAGAUGGAAUCAUGACUUUUAAAAUGUGCAAAUUCAAAAAUAUCUUCAAAAUCGGUACGCAAUUUUUCGGUAGAGGUGAAGUUAAUUUCCUAAGAGUGAAUUUCCGGGAAACUAUACGUCCCAAUAAAAUGUUAUAACCAAAUCAAA